UAUAUGUAGCGGCAGACAUUGCAUUCAGUUACCUCGUCAACGGUGGCAGGAUAGAGCAAAACGCAGUUAAACAGGAAGAACAAAACCUCGGAACCGGCGGCUAUGGCGGAGGAAUUUCAAGGGGGAGUAUGUGGAGGAAGCUGGUGGGAUUCUUACAGAAGUAAUUUCUUCGGUUCAUCUCCCUGCUCCUUACAAAGAAACGAGGUUGGAACCUUCGGCUGGCACCGGCCUGAUCCGGCCGCCAAAGAUCGGCCGGGUCAUCAUGCCUUGGCCGGUUCACCUUCCGCCGCCGCCGGCGACGGCGGUUCUAUGAUUCUUCAUAACGUUCAGAAUACUUCGACCGGCGGCCCGCCGGUGUCAAUGAUGGAAAUUGGUGUCCUUCAAUCGUCCACCUCUAACUCUAUCCAUGACUGGAAUCAAGAUUUGCUACAUGAUUGUUGUACUACAAGAAGAUCCGAUGAGAGUAGUUAUGGCGACAUCCUGCAAGAACCUGCGGGGAUUGAGGUCGAGGUCGACUACACUCAAAUUUCUUGCAAUCCCAAUUCUUCUGAUCAAUGCUCAGAAACAUACUGUAAUCAACGGCUGUCCGCCGCCGCCGCCGCCGGCGGAUUUCCUCUGAAUCCAACCUCGUACACAUGUGCUUCCUCCUUGUUGCAAACCCUCUUCGAUUCCGAACAAUCUGAUAAUCAGCAAUCUUUGUUAGAAAACCACGCCAUGAAUAACUACUCAAACUUUCAAACCACGCCGGAAUUCUUGCCGGAAGUCCCGCCGGUCGAUGAUCUAACAUUUGGAAAACAACACUUUGCUGAUCAAGUGCCCUUGUGGAACAACACUGCUGCGGCCUUGAUGAGUGACGAUCAUGGAAGCUUUCAAGCUUCGACACAGCCCAAGUAUCUUUCAUCACCAAUUAACAACACCAACAGCAAUGAUUUUCCCAGCUUCAAUACAAAGCGUCAAAAUGAAGCAGGUGGGAGCGUAUCUUCGGCGGCCAAAAAGGGCUGUAAUGAAACUACACCAAAGCGUCCACGAAUCGAAACUCCAUCGCCAUUGCCAACCUUUAAGGUUCGAAAAGAGAAACUUGGGGACCGAAUCACUGCCCUCCAGCAGUUGGUUUCACCUUUCGGAAAGACUGAUACUGCAUCAGUUCUCCACGAAGCUAUCGAAUACAUAAGGUUUCUCCACGAUCAAGUCAGCGCAUUGUGUACACCGUACUUGAAAAACGGAUCUCCACAAAUCACCGACCAUAAACUGAACGAAGAAGAGCAACAAGUGAUUGAAGAUCUUAGAAGUGGAGGGCUAUGUCUUGUCCCCAUAUCAAGCACCUUCCCCGUCGCCGGUGCUGCUACAGAUUUCUGGAAUCCUUCGUUCGGAGGGAGCUUCAAAUUAUAGACAUAUAUAUAAAUAGACUGAUGAUUUCAAUUACUAUAAUUCUAAAGUGAUUUCUUUUGGACAUAAAUGUGCUGUUUAGAUACAAAUUAUUGCAACAAUUACAACCACAUUUUUUGUGUUGUCUAAAGUAUAUAUUCAAGAAAAGCAUGACAGAGAGGAACAUGAGAGAGAGAGAGAGAGAAGGGAAAGAAGUGGCCGUCCAAGAAAGACAGCCCCAUCCUGGGCCAUACCCCAAAAUUCAUACAAUUAUAUAUACAUACAUACAUAUAUAUAUAUAUAUAGGACAAACACAACAAUCACACGAACCAUCAAUUUUAUUAUAAGUGCUGAAUUUAGCAGCUUCCAUAUGAUAUGGAUAUGUGUAUUAAUUAGUUCCAGUUUCUCUCGAUUAAUUAAUUGAAGAAAAAGUUGAAUUCCA